UUUUGACUGCGCGUUGACUUCGGGUGAUUUGUGAAAAGAGCUCACUUUGCCAAAUUUACUUCGCCAUGGACCCUAAACAGUUUGAGGAGCUGAAGGAGAAUCUCUGGGACUUUAUGAAGACCGAGAUUUACCCAAACGAAUUGCGGCACAUCAAGGAGGUGAAGGACAUCCGCUCCAACGGACCGAGUCACUGGAAACAGCCGCAAAUUAUGUUCGAACUGCGAGAGAAGGCGAAGGCUCGCGGGCUUUGGAAUUUGUUUCUGCCUGUGGAUUCUGCUCAACUUGCGGGCCGCAAGGGUGGUGGUCUAACAAACCUGCAGUACGCAGAUUGUUGUGAAAUCAUGGGCACUGCAAACCAUGCCGAGUUUGCGGCGGAGGCUUGCAACUGUGCAAGUCCAGAUACCGGCAACAUGGAGGUUCUGGCGAGAUUUGGCACGGAAGAGCAGAAGAAGCAGUGGCUUGAGCCUUUGCUGGAUGCCAAAAUCCGAUCGUGCUAUGCUAUGACUGAACCUGCUGUAGCCAGCAGUGAUGCCACAAACAUCAGGACAAUGAUCACUCGAGAUGGUGACCACUGGGUCAUUAAUGGCCGAAAGCACUGGAUCACUGGCGCUGGGAAUAUUGACUGCAAGAUAAUGAUUUUGAUGGGCAGGACUGGCCCAAAGGAUGCAGCGACAUACAGAUCUCAAUCGCAGAUCUUAGUGCCAAUGGACACCCCCGGCAUCACCCUGGUUCGGCCCAUGGAGACUUUUGGAGAUGACGAUUGCCCCAAAGGCCACAUGGAAAUUCUUUUUGAGGAUGUUCGCGUGCCAUUGGCCAACAUGAUAUGGGGCGAGGGCCGCGGAUUUGAAAUUGCCCAGUUGCGCUUGGGUCCAGGGCGCAUACACCAUUGCAUGCGCAUGAUCGGACAGGCAGAACGUGCUUUGAGCCACAUGUGCCGUCGAGCAAGUUCGCGGCAAGCCUUUGGACAAAAGCUCUCAGAGAUGGGCAGUGUUGUCCAGCAGAUUGCAGAAUGUCGAGCAGAGAUUGACCAGGCUCGCCUUCUCGUUCGGGAGGCAGCGGACAGGAUGGACAGGCUUGGCAACACUGACCACUACACGAGGAAGCUUUUGAGCUUGGUGAAGGCAGUGGUGCCUAGCAUGACACAACGCGUUGUGGAUCGUGCAAUGCAGAUCCAUGGUGGGGUUGGAGGACGAGAAUGAUGGGCAAGCUGGGAAGUGGUGUUGAAGCCACAGCCUUGUGCUGAGAGGAUCUGAGAAGUAAACAUGCAGGCGGACACUGAGACUUCUCGGGUAGCUUUCAGCGUGCCCCCACGAUCUCAAGACAGUUUCUUGCCCGCUGCCUUUGUUGGGUGUCGGAACCUCCGCUGGGCAGAUGGCCCGGACGAGGUGCAUUGGAGAACGGCAGGACGUUUGGAGCUGUCGUUUCAAAGGAAACAAUCCCCGCUCUACCAGAUCGAGCUGUAUGACCAUGACAAAAGCACGCCCUUCCGUGCUAAGCUUUGAGAUGGAUUGUCCAUCGGAGCAAUCCUAGCCCCAAGCAGGUUGC